UUCGAGGGGGGCGUCGUCAGCGCACAUGUGCGCACGCCGAAUAGCGAGCAUGUACUGAAGUGUAAAUAACCCGUCAAUAUUAUUUGCACUUUUUCCCGGUUUGCCAGUCGGUCCCGUCGGACAGCAUGGCCUCAGAGGAGGACGACGUGCUGCUGUUUCUAAUCUACCAGCACCUGAAGGUGAACGGCUACCAGAAAGCUGCCCAGGUGCUGGAGAAGCACGUUACCCAGGUGGAGACACCAGUGGAGAGCUCCUCCACCCUGCAUGAUAUCUACACAGGCUGGAUGAAACUGUACUCCCUAGCCCAGCAUGCCAAACAGGAGACACAAGAGUCCAGUUACUCAAAGAAAAGCAUCAAAGCAGAGGCUGCAGACACCAGGCUCUCCAGUGUCACAGGAGGAGAUGAUGUGGCUUCCAACCCUCCACUCGAGCCCGGGCCUGAUGUUGUUGAGCCACUGAAGGCAGAGAGCAUCUCUGAGAGUGUCUGUGAGCAGCUGCUGGCUGCUGAUAAUAAAUCCCGAGCAACAAACUCUGACAGCGAGAGCGCCGGCUCCUCUAACAGUGAAGUGGAAGAAGAAAAGAUAAAGGAGGAAGAAACAAAAACGGAGCAAGAGUCGGCUCCAACUAAAGUGUGUGCUGAGGCGUCCAAUGAGGCAGAAAGCCUGAGCUCUGCCUCUUCAGACGCUGAGGAAAUAACUGCACCCAGCCAGGGUAACAACAGCCUGGUGUUACCUGAUCAGGCUGAGGACCAAUCGCAGGCCCCCGAUCCAGCCGAGGCCUCAGUCUCAGGCGGUGACCUUAAAGUGGAGCAUCAAGAGGGCAGUGAUGAUCUGAAGCAGGAAGCAACCACAAACACCUCAGAAGACAUAGAAGAAGCUUCGGCGUCACAGCAGACAGAUGUUCCCACUCAGGAAGUCAGCGAAGCCGAGUCUCCAGAAGGUGAAGAAGCCACAGCAGGAGAGAUGCCCAUCCUGGUUGAACCCACCACCUCUGACCUGACAGCUCUGGAAACCAGUGACCAGCUAGGAGACGGUCAAGCCCCGCCCUCUGCAGACCCUGAUGGUGAAUCUAAAAAUCCAAAAGAGGAGGAGGAGGAUGACGUGGAGGAGACAAAGAAAUCUGAGACGUCACAGGUCGCAGAUCUUUCCUCGGAGCUGGAGGGAGACACGGAGAUGUUGAAAAUCCCCGUGGACACCGGGAUCCAGAGUGACCUCUCAGCCAGUCCAACUGGUAUCAAAGUCACGUUGGUUUCAGAAGAGCGAUCGGACCCAGAGGCCUCCAUCAUCAUCAACAUCACAGUCAAAGAUGACGAAGCAGCUGAGCGAGAGACCGGCCAGCUGUCCCCUGAGGAGACUGCCGAGUCCUGUAAAGACCGCAGCACUCCCAGGAAAAAGAAAAGGAAGAGCAAACAGGAUUUUGAGACGUCAACAGCAGACGCAUCGAUCACGGACACACCCAGCAGCACUGAUGCAUCUACCCCAGAUCCACUCAGUGACACUCCUCUUCCUAGGAAAUCUGCCAAAAAGAAAAAGAGAGACAAAAAGAGACAAGAAGAGGAGGUGACAGAGGAUGGCGGAGAUCAGGAGGAUGAGGUUGAGGCGUCUCAGUUAGCUCCACCAGACAAGAAAAAGAAGGCUAAGAAGAGGAAAAGGGAAAGAGACGAAGAAGAAGAGAAGGAAGAGGAAACUCACACUGUCACUGAAAACAAAAUUAAAAAGAAGAAGAAGAAGAAGAAGGCUAAAGAUGUGGAAGAGGAGGAGGCAGGAAGAGCAGUAGAGGAGAAGGCUGAGAAUCCUGUGAGUCUGGCAGAGACAACGGAGGAGAAAAAGAAGAAGAAGAAAAAGAGGAGAAAGGAAGGAGGUCAGGAGAACGAGGCGGUGCAAUCUGAAGAACAACCAGCAGGGGGCAGUAAUGGCACAGAGGAGAAAAUGGAAGCCACAGAGGGAAAGUCUUCUUUGGACUCCUCGGCCAAAAAGAAAAAGCGUCUCAGGAAGAAGCUCAGCCUGAAGAGGAGAUUAAAACUUCAUAAGAAGGAGAAGCUGGCGAUGAGGUUGAUGAAGAGCAACAAGUUAUCUGCAGAUCAGAACCAUGUGAGAAGGAAGAAACAGAAACACCUACAAGAAGAAACAGAGGAAGUGUUUCACCCAAAGUCAAGCAAAAGACCCAAAGUUGAGCCCAUUCGGGAGGACGAAAUGCCAAAGAAGAAGAAAAAGAUGCAAAAACAUGCUGACCUAGAAGAAAAUUCGUCAAAGGAAAACCAACCUCCCAAGGCAAAGAAGGAGAAGAAGAGGGAGCUGCAGGCUGAGGAUCAGAGCGGUGUGGCAGAUGACCAGAGUGCUGCGAUUCUUGAUGAUGCCGAUACGUCGGCGCUUUCAAACGGAGGGAAGAAGAAAAGGAAGAAGAAGGCGGUUAAAUGCGAGGAAGCUGCCGAAAAUGUGAGCCAAGAUGUACCUGCUAAGAAAACAAAGAAGAGCAGACUACAGGAGAAACUAGAGGUCGAGCCUGCUGCAGACACACACACUCCUCCAGCUGCUUCUGGGAAAAAGAAAAAAUCUUCCAAGAAGAAGACAAACUGAUUUAGAUUUGGGGCGUACUCGGGAGGAUGACUGCAACUUGGACCUGAAAGCCUAAAAAUGUCAGCGUCUUUUCUCCCGAUUUUUCUGUCUGAGGUUCAUUUUUCCACGAGAAACAGAUUUCUGAGAGGUGCUGGGAGUAACUUCGCACUACCCUUUGUUCCUAAACUGUGAAUUUAGCACAAUACACACCCUAAACCCCCCCUUUAUUUAGCAGAUUCGACUUUAAAGCUUUGUUGGAGGCAGACCUGCUCUGCCAUGGGGAAAAAAAAAAGCAUAGUAAUUAGUCAAUGACUUUAUUAUGCAUUUCAUUCAGCGCAGCCUUUUUAACUGGAAGCUUUUCCCAUUAAAGUCUCAUUAAAGAAAUGAUUUAAAUGAGCUGCCUAUCGUUUGAAAGAAUUCACGCAAGUGAAACAUAAAUUUCUAUUUAAAUCAAAGAAUUAGAUUAUUAACAGGAUUGCUGUGAAUUUUUUUUUAAAUCACAGUUUAUCUCUUUAAUCAUUUGGCGUAAAAUAGCCCUCGAGUUAGUCAACUUGCAGUUAGUUUAAAACUGAGAGAAGAUGGGAUCUGAGGAUGUUUGGAGGCUGUGAAAGAUGAUUAAUACGUUUCCACUGCAGCACGAGACACAUUUCGGCUGCAGAGCAGCUCCGUCUGCAAUCUGCAUCUCCUCAGAACUGAUAAAAACUUAUAAAGGGGGAACUUUCACAGUCGUGCGUCUUCUUACAGUCAGAGGGGCUCACAAACCUCCACAUCUUUGAGUUUGAGUUAGAAAUAAGCUAAUAAGCUAAGGUGGCUCGAUUUUCUUUUUUGUCGGUUCUUUUCUUUUCAUGUGAACUGAUUGAUCAACCAGCAUUUGUGUUUGUUUGAGGUAGAAUAUGUAGUUUUGCUCUGAUGUGCAUAUGAUGCAAACUUUGUCAGCCAUCAGCUAUGCAAAUGAUUAAAUCCCGCUGCUUUGUACAACUUUAACUGCUUAAAUUUGCCGUUUCUAACGACGAGCACGUUUCGAGAACGCCGGUCGUUAAUAGCUUUAAUUCUGCAGCGGCAGUAAUUUUCUUUGUUUUCCUUCCCACACUGUUACAUGUGCUGUGUUUCACGGUGAAAGUCAAACUGGGAAACUGAUCUAACUUGGGCAUGAAAUUAUAAAGCAAAUGGCAUCACGUCAACAAAGCAGCGUUUGUUUCUUAGGCGAUUAAACCCAGAUGUGAUGCUGUUUGUAAGGUUUGUGCUGUUGAAGCUCAGCAGGAAUCAUUUCACCUCUGCAUCCAUCCCUCGUGACAUGAACACUGUUGAUAUAAGUGCUUCUCACGUCUGUCUCACAGUGGAUCGCUGUAAUCAAACCCUAAAAACUUCACAUUUUUGGAAGAAAUGUUUUGGUUGUGAUUCAGUUAUUUUGUUUCUGAUUGCAAUUUAUUUUAUUAAAACUAAAUUCAGUCUAAAUAUAGUUGAAAUAAGAACAAAUUAUACAUAUUCUGAUUGGUUAUAUUUAGGGUUGGAGUUGUCACUCGGACCUCGCAGGGUCACUUUUUUCCACUUCAGAACUUUUGAAUAGAAAUCCUCAUUGUUGAAAUAUGCAAGCAGAUUAAAAGCUCAGGGAAAGUUUACAUGAAAUGCAUUUUAUAAGGUAAAACUUGAAUCUCACUAAGAUUCCUUAUGCAGUAUUUCACAUUAUAAUCUCAUGGCAAUGUAAUAUUAUAUUUUAUCCCCUUAAAAAAAAAAAUCAGUCAAAUUUGAAUCUGUAAGCACAUAAGUGGUGAUUUGAUAUACCUUUAAAAAAAAAAGUAGUGCUGUGAUGUGUUUUUGUAAAAAAUUGGAGCCAAACGGCUCAUUAACCCAGCUAACAGUUUCUCAUAAUUAGAAAUAACUAAUCUAAUGCUGUUAAACUGAAUGAUUAGUCUGAAGUCUGCCUACAUGCUGUUAACUUCCUCUGUCUCGUUACCUAAAGCGCUGUGAAACUUUGGUGUCUGAACUUGUGAGAGACGCAGCUUGGAGCCGAUGCCGACAUCGAUUCGGAGAACUAUGAGGAGAAAUUAGGUUUUCCACCCUCGGUGUCUGUGUUUACUCGCCGCUGGUGAUGUCGUCUUUCUUUCUUACACAAACAGCUUUUUUCCCUCUGAAACAGAAAUCCAUCAAGUCAAUACGCGGGGCAGUUUGCAAACGCCACAUCGUGACGAUCAAGAAACCAGAGUUCAAAUCUAAUUUGUCCUGAAUUUAAACAAAGUGACGUCAAUUUUCCAAAAUCCUGUUGUGAUUUAUGGAUUAUUCCUUGGAAAAUUUUCUCAUAAUUUCCUAAAUAUUGUUGCUGUUUUAAAGAAAAAUAACAGGCACUUAAAAAAAAAAAAGUUCUUUAUUCCCUAUGAGAUAACGACAAAUCUUAAACUAAGGUCCAGUAUAGUAAUAUGACUUAUGAACUGACAAGAACAUCCAUCUGAAUUUGGUGCAAAUCUAUGAGUUAAAAGAUUAAAAAGUGGCUCUACAGUGUGUGCUCUGGACUCGAUACAUUGUUAAUGUAUGUCGAGUCAUCCUCUGUCUCAACCGGGUCGUUUUAGUUCCUCUUACAUUCUUCUGAUUGGCUGCCCCUCACAGCAAGGAAAGAAUAAAGGAAUGCCAAAUUGUGCACUUGGCUUCUUAGCUAAAUAUCAGCUGUAAAGUCUAAGGAAAUUAAGAGAAAAGUUUCCUAGAAGGGUAAAAAUAAAGGAUGCAUUUUAAAAAAGUUGACAGCAGCAUGAUGAGCGAGCCAGUGUCUCACGAGUGUCGACAGUUCUCAGAUUAUCAAACAGUUCUGUUCGCGUUUUGUCCUGUAGCGUCUGUCAAUAAAACGUUUUCUCACUUAAAA